AAACUGCCAGUCAAAACAAUAACCACAAACAAAACCCAUUUUGACAAUUAACCAUAACCACAACUCAAAAAUAGAGGGAACCUCAUCUGCACAAAGAGUGUGAAAUGGGCUCCUAAGUGCAACUACUGACGUUAUCCAGAUUGCUAUUAUACAUUAUCAGAUUCGACUUCUACUCCAAGUCCAUCGAGUCUAACAACACAUCACCACCUCGGUCACCUUCUCCGGAAUCGCAACAUUUCGUGCGGAUUAAUUAACCCUUCCAAAAGGGUCGCGACUGAGACCCCCAUCAUUCGGGGUCACCGAUAUAGGAAAGAAAAAUUAUACAGAUACGCUAUUAUAGAUGGAAUAAUUUUUCGCUUCGUAACUGCGUUCCUAGUGCCAUUGGAAAUAAACGUUUCCGCGCGGAAAGUCCUUAGACAAAAAAAGCAAAUUUGGUGCAAAAAGCGGAUAUUUUAAUCUACUUCUGGGAUUGAUGGUUGUGCUGGGAGUUCAUACUAGCCUACAAUGGAAAGCAUGGGUUUGCCCGCUCAUCUCUGUAAACAGGAAUUCAGUUUUUCGCCGGGCAUUAUCGCUGAAGCCCUAACAGCUUUAGUAAUUAGCAAUGGUGAUUACCCUGUGGAUUUUGUUAGCAAGCUGGCGGAUCUGCAGAAAAGCAAACGGCUCACAGAUAUAACACUGCGAAUUGAUAACGAAGAGAUUGUUGCCCAUAAAGCUAUUCUAGCGGCUGCAAGCCCCUUUUUCAAUAACUUGUUCGACGAUGAUUUUAUCAAGAGCAAAAAGAAUGUGGUUGAUUUGCAGCACAGAACUACUCCGGAAAUAAUGUCUUCGAUUAUAGACUACAUAUACUCGGGGAAACUAACAGUAAAGGAAAAAGACCUGGAUUUGUUCUUCGAAAAUAUUGACCAUCUAGGCAUGGAAAAUCUUAAGAAGAAAAGCGGCCAGGCGUUAUCGACUCUUCUCAAUUCCACAAAUUGCGUGCAGAUCUUUAUCUUGGCAGACAAACAUCAGCUAUUAGAUGUGAGGACAAAAGCUGCUUCAACAUUAUCAUCUAAUUAUUCCAGUAUCCUGAAUUCAACGGAUAUAAAAACGCUUUCUAUAGAAGACGUACUUCGAAAUAAAAUGGGAAAUCUUCGAUUCACAGCUACAUUUUCUUUUCAGUUGGAGGUGAUUCUUGAGAUUGUUCACAAAUCCCAAGUAAAAAACACAUUGGUAACCAUCAUUGAAUGGAUAAAGGAUGAUGACUCUAACCGUCAGCAGCACAUGUUUAGUCUCACACAAAAGUAUGUAGACGUCCAAAAAUUAACAGGUGUUCGGCGUAUGUCUUCUCCAACAUCAACAUAUUCUACUUUAGCAUGUAAAGGUGCUUUCCGAUAAUAUAUAAUGCAUUUCAUAACUACAGGACUACCUUUGAUCUGACUUUCGUAUGAAUCCAAUCUAAAUGAAAUGAGUCGCGAAACUAGUUACUGCCUUGCCGCUCAGCAAAUCGAUGUUUUUGCCAGAGGACCAUUAGGUAAUCAUAUUUUGCCCCAUUUACAAGAACGCUAGGCCGUAUCAUAAGAUUAAUAUCACUAGGAUCUUAAGACAACAGUAUCCUCAGCGCAGAAUACUGCUAAAUUCUAAAUUACACAAAAGUUCGUUGAUUGUGUAAGAAACUACAACAACAGAUUAUUAAUAAAUAUUUAUUAGUUUGGCUUUUUCGUUGAUAAAUUUGUGAUUUCUGAAAGCUGUCCUAUAGGUCUGAAACGAUCAAUUUUCCGUUAUUUUAUCCUUAAAAUUUUAUGUAGUAGUUGUUCGCAAACAAUGAAAAGAGCAGAAAAAGACAGUAAUUGUAAAAUUGUUAAUUUCACAUCAUUUCUUGUACUCAUAUUUAAAUUUUAGGUU